AUGAUUUUUACUCCUUUGAUGUCUCCUGCUACCUGCGAAUUAUGUGGUCAAUGGAUGCCUGGGCAUAGUAGCAGCUGCCCUAGAAGUGGCGUGCAUCCCUCGCAAUGGACCAUGGACAUUGUAGAUCCAAUGAAUUUCCAAGAAUACAACGACAACAGUGAACUCACUUCAUUCUCACACAACUGGUCACACGUUUACCAUCUACUUGAUGCUGAAAAUGACGAUGAUUAUCAAGAGUGGAUCUCACAAUGGAUCGCAAACACACGCACACAUAUAUAA